AUUCGUAAUCAUAUAUUUACAUACAAUAAGAUUUGUAUCCAAGUCAAAUAAUUAUAUCGAGAAAAAAGAUAUGAUAGGAAAUCUUGCUGCCAAACUACGAUUACUUUUGCCAGAUAAAACAGUAACAGCCGAACAAUGGAAACUUUUGGGUCAAGAAAAAGAUGGAUCUUUGCUUAUUUGUUGGCUGGAAGAAAAAUUAUUACAAGACGAUACAGUUUUGCAAUAUACUGUUGUAGGCCAUUACGACCGGAUUAAAAAUAAAUUACAGAUCCUACAUCGUUUUCAAAUGAUAUUGAAUAUUGUUCAAGCUACAGUUAAUCAAAGCUGUUCUCUACUUGGCUAUGUGACUAAGCAAAAUUCGACUAUCGAAAAACUACUUGUAGAAUCUACUGAAGAAAAUAAUUCUAAAGUAGAAGAGUCAACUGUAAAUGUAGAAACUUAUCAAGCGUAUAUAAUGAAACUUGACACAGAAAAACUCUACGAUUUAGAAAUUGAAAGAUCCAAACAAGUGCGUAUUCAAUUCUUAUACAGAGAGAAAUUACAAUCUACGACAGAUAAAUUUUUAUUAUUACUUCAUCAAGAAUGUGUCAUGAUAUAUACUGUUGUAUUUGAUACAUCAGCAGAAACUUUAUGGGAAAUACAAGAAUUGAAACACGAGGAAUUAGUCAAAGAAUUUGUUUGGGCUCAAUGGGAUAUGACAAAUCAAGUCUUAUAUCAUAUUCAUCAUAGAAGAAUUCCUACGAGUUUAGUGAGCGAAGAUAACGAUGAAAAUAAUAUGAAAUCGACUCGUUCUAAUCCAACGCUGAGUGGACUGCAAUUUCAUGAUGAUCUGCCACAUGAAACAGUGAUAAAUAUUCCUUUAAACUUACCUCAAUUAUCAACUACUUCCAAUUGUGGGACUUACGAAGAUGACGUUAUACCUUUGAGAGUUCAUGAUUGUUCUUUAGACCUUAUUGUAGUAUCAGAUUCCAAAGGAAUGGUCUGUGUUUGUCAUCAUUAUUUAUAUAGACCAAUGAAAACACAACAUGUACUUGGUUCUUUAAAUGAAUCUAAUACUGUACACUUUGCAUAUUCAGUAACACUUCUUCAUCACAGUUGUGUCAUUCAUUGCGUUAUACCAGGCAUACCAUGGUCACGAGCUAAACUCAUAAGACCAACCUUUGCAAUAUAUCAAAAUCAUUAUAUGAUUGUAUUCGUGCAAGGUUUACUUAUACAUCUUCUUGAAAUAGGACUCAAUCAUGAUCCGUGUUGUCAUAUAUUAUGUGGUUCUUCAACACCUGUUGUAUCGCAGCAUGCUUCUUAUUUAGUACCACUACUUGAUCUACAAAAUAUGGAAGAAGGAAAUCAUAAGAAGCAAGAAUCAUCAUCUAGUCUUCAUCAUAAUAUUGCAGAAAAUAAAAUUGGCUACUUAGAUGGAAGUAGUAUAUUUUGUAAUUCCGGUUCCAAGAUCUUAACCAUCGAUUUACCUACAUUAGAUCUUGUAGAAUUAUCUAUUUCUAGUGAUUUUCUUGUGGACAUUUUUCGUAAAGAAAGUUCUGUCGAAGUACGCUUAGGAAUUUUGCAUUACUUCAUUUGCCAUAAAAAUGAUAUGGAAAUGAUUGCUGAAUUAGUAUCCAUCGUGGCAGAAAAACCACGAUUAUUGGAGAUCGUACGAUACAUGCAAGAAAUUCUCAUUGGCGGAUCGUAUACACUCGUACAAAAGAAUUUACUUGCAGAUGCUAUGCCUUUGUUAACGUUAUUACCUGUUACUACUAUGGAAGAGUACAUGAGUUUUGAAAUAAAAGUCAAUGAUUUAAAUAUAACGUUGAGCCAUGAAAAAUUAUGGAAUACAUCGGUUAUGUUACUUUCACCGCAACAAAGAUUAGUUCCUUAUCAGAGUGAUUUGUGGACUAGACUUUGGGAACAAUUAAAUAAAAAUAUUAAAAUUAAAGAUAAGCCAAGAUUUCAGCCGAGCAAAAUUGCGGAGAAAUUGUUAGUCUCGUUGGCGUGUUAUCAACCAGAGGCAUUGUCCAGAUGCAGUACUCCUAUGUCUCCAAGUGGAGGAUUUGUUAUGGCUACAGUUGCUCUUGGAGAUUUAUUAGGUAAUCGUAGCAACAAGUUAUUGGAUUCCAGUUUACCAUUUACAGAAAGUGAAAGUUGCACUGCUUCGAAACAAGAACAUAUCGUCUCUGUUAAUUUACGCGAGCUUUCAAUGUAUCUUUUGAAGAAUGGUGUACAGUCAUCUACGUCGUCUCAUAUUCAGGGUUCUUCGUGCACAGCUUUACAAGUUCAUGCAAUGGCCACGAGAUACGUAGCUGCACAAUUAGAAACAUCACGUAUUUUGUGUCACAUGCUUUGUCGAGCUGCUAACGUUGAUUUACGAAUUGAACAAGAACGCGGUUUUAUGCUUAUUGAUCAAUUAGAUAAUGGAAAACGAUGGUUAUUAUUUAUGCUAUUGGAGCGUUACAGAUAUGCGUUAGAAAAUAUAGCAUAUCCUGCUCCCCAAGGAUUCACUUCCUUUUUUACAUAUCUUGGAUAUAAAACUUUAAAUUAUUCUAUGUUUGUACAAUAUGUUCAGAGAGCAGUAUUUGAACUUCAAGUAGAUGUUACCAAAAUUAUUAUGGCAGAUAUAAGUGAUACAAAAGAAAAUACUAUUAAAAAAUUGGCUCUACUAUCCUUGCUACCACGAUCUCGAGCAAAAAGACUUUUAAAUCAAUGGUUACAUCCAGUCAGUUUUAUGCUAAGAGCUCGCGAACAUGCAGCUAAUAUUUUAUCCGGUGAAGUAGCACAAAAUCGUGCAAGAUCUUUCCAACAUCGUAAUAAUCAUAAUGGUUUAGCUGCAUUUCCUUCAGCCGAUCGUUUAUCACCUUUAGAUACAUUUCUUGAUUUACUUACUGCUAAAGCUAGUCUUGCCGAAUUAGAUUUUGGUUUGCUUAUGGAAGCAACGGUAACAUCCACCGAAGAUUUUUUAUAAUUAAUAAUCAAUGGAUAAUAAUGCAUUUGUAUUACCAUCAUUAUUUAAAGAAAAAUGUUGUUUAAUCGUA